AUGACAGAAACUCUUUUCAAUACUAAAUUCGAUUGUCCUAUUAGUUCUUCUAUUCAACCAUCUCUUCCAUCAGUUGCUGAUGUUUGUAAUUACAAUUCAGAAUUUGUCAAUCAUUCAUCACAAAACAAACCAUUAUAUGAAAAUAAUGAGUUAUCAUCUCCAAUGUUACUACCAUCAUCCAUCUCUAUGCCAUAUUUGUUCCCUUCACUCACUAUACUAAAUAAUCAAUCAUUGGAAAAGCAAUAUAACCCUUAUACUUGUGAUAAUUCUUACAGAAAUCUAUCAUAUAAUUGUACAGAAGUUAAUAAUAGACAAGGUAAUACACUACAAAAUUGUGCUCAUUCACAGUCUUCACUUUCAUUGAACUAUACUGCUUCACAUAAUCUUGUUAAGUUGACAAAUAAAUCACUUGAUACAAUUCCUGUUGAUUCUAUUGCUGUUCCUACUACUGAUAUCAUUUCCAGAAUUAAUAAUAAUAAUUCUACUAUCACUCCUGCUACUACUACUACUACUGCAACUACUAAUAUCAGUAGCACUACUACUUAUAAACAUAAAAGUAAUCGCAGUAGUAAUACUAAUAUACGUGAGAAUAAAAGUAAAUCCAGAAAGACAAAUUCUACUAAUUUUUUACAUAGAAAAAGUAACAAUACAUCAAGUCAUAUGUCAUCAUCUAACAACAUUGAAAUACUGACAAAUUAUAUGAAUCAGGAUAAUGUAUUGUUAAAACUCAAUAGUGAUGGCGGUGAUGACGACAAUGACGGUGGUAACGAUAUUGAUGAUGAGGAUAGUGAUAGCUUCAAUGAUGAUGAUGGUAAUAAUAAUAAUAACAAUAAGAGUAGUGCUAAGUCAAGCAAACGAAGAAGGCAUAGAACAAUAUUUACAAGUGGACAAUUAAAUGAACUAGAGAAAGCAUUUCAUGAAGCACAUUAUCCAGAUGUUUAUCAGCGUGAAUUAUUAUCUAUGAAAGCUGAAUUACCUGAAGAUAGAAUUCAAGUUUGGUUUCAAAAUCGACGAGCAAAAUGGCGUAAAACAGAAAAGAAAUGGGGUAAAAGUAGUAUUAUGGCUGAAUAUGGUUUGUAUGGAGCUAUGGUUCGACAUUCAUUGCCUUUACCUAAAACAAUACUUAAAUCAGCAUUGGAUAAUAAUGAUGAAUCAUGUGCACCAUGGUUGUUAGGUAUGCAUAAGAAGUCAUCAAUGCAAUCCAAUAUAGAACAACAAGAAUCAAAACAAGACACAGUCAUUGAUUCAAGUAAUUGUGAUCUAUCAAGUCCUACAACUACUAUUACUUGUUUAACUGAAUCUAUACAAUCAUCAAAUGAAUCCGAUAAAAUAUAA